UGUGCGGAUCGCUCUGCAUAGUUUCGGGUUCCAACAUGGCAACAAUGGCAACAAGUCACAAUUUGUCAGUAAUGACAAAUUCUUGCAUAAAACCUCCCGUAGAUCCCCAAACUGGAUUAUCGUCAACAAUGCAUGAAAGACCUAAGCCGUCAAUGAGCUACUUGUUCGAUGAAAUGAGUAACGGGUAUGUUUAUGAACACGACCGACAGCAGUUUUAUGAAAACGGUUCGCCUGAUCUUGUCACACCGGAACCCGCCUUGAAAACCAUUGCACGGGACUUAAGCAAUUGCACUGACGAAGAAUUCUAUGAAAAACUCACACAGAUAAAAAACGAACACAAGAAAACAUUGGUACUAUGUGAAAAGCUAUAUAAAGAGAAAGUCAACUACCAAAAUCAGCCAGAAAUUUCUGGCAUUGGGCCAAGACCGGUUAUAAUUACAUCAACAUUAAAUGGACUUGAUUCAUCAGCAUUUCAGAAUUCGGAUGUGACUUCAAGAGAUUAUAUUAAAGGUCAAGAAACUGUUUUAGACAGAUAUGCAAGUUCCAAACCACCACUUCCACUUUCUAAAACUCAAAGAAUUUCCCGUUCACCAUCAGAUAUACCUGUCUGCAGACCUAGCUCCGCACCUGUACACAGACGUGGUUCACUUACUAAGAGUUUGGAAGAAGAAGUUUGGAAGUCAAUUUCAGAAAGGAGAGAAAAACAAACAUUAGAUAAUUCUGAGGAUGAACAUCAUUUACAAAAUAGAAGUUAUGGGGAAAAUGAAAAUCCAGAAUUAUCUGGUGCUUUAUCACAUAUAGAAGAUAUGUGGGAAGAAUUUUCAAUUGAUGAAUAUUAUCCAAGAUCCAGACAAAGACCUUCCUCAGCCACAGUCACAAGGGGAGAAAAAGAAGAAAAGGAAUGGAGACAUAGGAUUACUAUUCCUAAACCAUUUAAAAUGACAAUAAGAGAAGAAAACAAAGAAAGAACAGUCUCAAAGGCUCAAAUUGAAUUAGAAGAACAAAGGAAACAACAAGAAGCUGAAGAACGAAUUGAAUGUUCAAAAAAAUUUAAAGCAGCACCUGUACCAGCUCAUGUGUACUUACCACUUUUUGAUGAAAUAAUGGAACAGCAAGAGACAAAACGAAGAUUCCUUCAGCAGAAUUCUCAAGAGUUACUGAAAUCUCAGGAAAAACCAUUUAAAUUUCAUUACAGAGAACGAAGUAAAGAAAGACAAACAAGAAUUCAAUCAGCUCCUACUCGAAGAGAAACAAAGUCAAAACACAUGUUCAAAGCUAAUCCAGUUCCAGAUUAUUUAUAUGAUAAUUCUGUUUAUGACAGAAUCCUAGAAGAGGAAGAAUAUAGAAAAAUUAGAAUGAAAAUGCGUUCAGAAGAAUUACUGAAAAGUUCAUCAUUGCCUUCUAACAUGGAAGCAUUGCAAAAAGCUAAGGAACUUAAAGCAAAAGAAAAAGCUAUAAAAAGAAAAAAGAAACAUUACUCAAAGACUAAAGUAAAUCAUGAGGUUCCAGAUUAUGAUGAACUUUACUUGCAUUUUCAAAAAGAGUUAUCAAGACGCAAAAAUGAAAGGGAUGGUACAGUUGUCAAACCAUUCCAUCUUCAUACAGAAAAUUUGAGAUCAAGUCGCGAAAAAAUUAUAUCUGACAUUGCAAACGAUGAAAGAACAUUGAAAGAGAACAGAUGGCCUUACAAAAAUCCCAGAACUACUCCACGAAGAAGUUUAGGCCAUCUAUCCACUUCUUUGGAUUCUAUACCAGCAAAGAUGACAAACGCUGCAUCACUCAGAUCUAGUCAGUCCAAAAAAAAACUGUCCACAAUGACAGAGAGGGAAAGAAGAGAGGUUGAUGAAGAGAGACGAAAACGAAACAAAGAGAUGAAAUAUCGUAGAUUAAUUAAUGAAAGAGCAUCGACAGAAAAUUUAUCUGAAACUAAUGAACAGAGGUUACGAAGAUACAGAGAGGCUGAGAGAGAAAGAAUGGAACAAUAUGAGAAGGAAUUACAAAACAUGAAGGACAGAAUUGACCAGAGACCAUUAUUGUUUGAACAAGAAACACAGGUCAACGCCAAAAAAACAGCUGAGAAGAAGUUUACUGCCAAACUACAUAGUCAUGGACUUAAUGAGGACGCCCUGCAGACUAGAAGUUCACGUACUGUUAGUGUCCACGAUAGUUAUGACAGUUAUGAUGAUGAUUUUGAUGACACCUACAUAAAAACAAAAGAAGUAGAAGUGGAGUCAUAGGACAAGGAUACAACAGACUUCACACUGAAGUCAGGACUUUAUUCUGAUGUUACAUGCAGUUAAAUUCAAAGUGAAAAGAACAAAAUGAGUGGCUGCUGCAAUAGAUGUAACAGAUGUUAUUUAUUUACAUGUAGAUUCAGAGUUAAGCAGUGACAAGACAUCUUUUGUUAGUUAGAUACUUAGUAACUUAGAUAAGGAACAUAUUACUUUGAACUGAGUUCAGGUAAUAACAGAUUUGAAAAAAAGGAAAAUAAUGAUUUUUUUUACUACUGUUUAGAAUGGUAAAUAAAUGUUUGAGAAAUGAAGAAUUCCACUCUUAUCAUGUGACAACAGCAAUAUUCCAUUUGUAAAUGGCAAAUGAUCAUUGUUUCAAUUUAUCAGAUAUUGUGAAUAUAAUUUUAAGACUUCUUCCAGUAAGUUUGGUUUAUUGAUAAGGUCAAUAUAUAGUGCAAAGAAAAUUAUGUCUUAAUCUCUUGUUUGUUUUGGAAUUGUUUCUAAUGAAUGGUAUUGAUUGUGAUAAACUAACAUUUAAAGUUGAUUUUUUUUUGUAAAUGCAUUUUCCAAAUAAAAAAAAACAGUACUGUCAAUGAAAACUGGAAUUUAUAGGUAAAAGUUAGUAGGUUAUGUAAAAUGUUUUAUCAGAGAGAAUGUGUAAAAGCUUUUAAUCAAAGUCUAAUUAGACAAAAGGAAAGAAGGCAUUGUUUUGACAUUUAAUUUUUUUAUAAGAAAGACUAGCUUUAUAAUGACAAAAUCCAAUAAAAAUUAGUAAUAUAUAGGACAUUAUUAAUAAAUAGACGAUUAUAGUAAUAGAAAUUUGUACCUGAGCUUUUUAUGUAUUUCUACUAUAACCAAGUUUCACAUUCCAUUAGAAAGUAGAUCUUGCUACUGUGCAAGAGGUUAUUAAAACAGUUUUUGCAUUUGGUAAAUUACAUAGAUUCAGGUUUUUGACACAUUAUUCAUUUAAAAAGCAAGAGAAAAGCACCUCAUGUGUUUGUUCAUUGUAAUUUGUUUGUAAUGUACAUGUCUUGUAAGACAGAUGACUCAAAUGUUUAUUAUCCCAUAAGACAGUGGUAACUAAACUUGGCUUGAUACAUUGUAACAAAAGUUAAUUUUGUAUUUUUUUGUAUUUGUAAAUGUAUACUUGAAAUUUUUUUUUUUUAUUUAAGUAGAAGCUGAUACUAUCCUUUUGUCACUUUUUAUGCCCCAUUUAUGGGCAUUAUGUUUUCUGAUCUGUGCGUCCGUCUGCUGGUAUGUCUGUCCCGCUCUAGGUUAAAGUUUUGGUCCAGGUAGUUUUCGAUGAAUUUGAUGUCCAAUCAACUUGAAACGUAGUACACAUGUUCCCUAUGAUAUGAUCUUUCUAAUUUUAAUGCCAAAUUAGAGUUUUUACUUCAGGCUCACGGUCAACUGAACAUAGAAAAUGAUAGUGUGGAUGGAGCAUCGGUAUACUGGGGACACAUCCUUGUUAUUAAUGAUAAAAGUAGUGUAUUAUGUUUUUCUGUUGCCUGCACCAGUCCAUCUUUUUGUCUGUCCAAUAUUAAGUUAAAGUUUUAAUGUAAGGGUGUUCACUAUCAAGUUGUGGUCUCUUCUACUUAAAACAUAGUAGUUAUUAAAAAUAUGUUUGAUUAUGGUUUUAAUCCAAAAUUUGUGGUUUAAUAAAUAUUGAAAAGGGAUAAUGUUUGAAGGGCAUGAUAUCUCUUGGCAUAUAUUCUUGUGUAAAAGACGCAUUUGUUUUAUCUCCUACUCUAGGUAUGAGAAUGGCCAGUAUAGAUAUUAAGUUUUAUGUACAUGUGUUAGUACUGUAAAAUAUCCUCACUAAGUCUCAAUAUGAAGAAGAAGAUUAGGAACCAAACCAGAAAUGUCCAUAUUGUGCUUAACAAUUGAUAAUGGCACAUCUAUAUGUUAAAAAGAUAUUUUUUUUAGAAAAAAAAGAAGAAAUCAUGAUUUCUUGGACAUGUUCGAGCUAUUUAAUGAUUAAACUUUUUGUAGAAACAAAAUGAAGUAGUAAAAUUUGAAUUGGAAGACUAAUGCUUGCUUAAAAAAAAUAUUUGAAAGCCAUGUUAAUUCCCCCUUUCCCUUUUUUAAAAAUUUGAAUGAUUGUCAAUCUUGAAAUAUUUUAUUUUUAAUGUUUUAUUAUUGAUAUAAAAACUGUUAAAUAUAUUUAUCAACUAUUAUGUUUAUAGAUAAGACUACAGAUCAAAUGUUGUAACGUUACACAGUUUUUAAUG